AUGUCUUCUCCUCCAAACAACAUCUCGGUGGUGGCGGAGAACACGCCGGCCCCGUUUAGUCGAUACCAGGCCCAGAACUUCACUCUGGUCUGCACCGCCAAGGGAGGGAAGCCGGCACCGUCGGUGUACUUCAAGCGCGAUGGCGAGCUGAUCGAGGUCAUCUCCUACAGUCAACCCUCCUCCGGCGAGCAGCAAGGCGGCGCUUCGGCGGGGUUUCGAGGCGCCAGGCCGCUCAUCAGCCGGGACCUCGACGAGACCAAGAUGCAGCGCUCCCUCUCCCUGCUGGAUCCCGAGAGCCGCUCGGCACGCUUGUACACCGAGGGGCCCCAGCGCGUGCACACUCAGGGCCAGCAGGCCUCCGAGCCCAGCCCCGCCACCGAGGUUAUCCCCGAGACGGUGGUGAGCCGAGAGUUCCCCCGAUGGGUCCACAGCACGGACCCUCUCUACUACUUCAGUCACACUCACAUCCCGCAAAGUGACGGCUCGGUGGUGGUGCAGGCCCGACUCACCUGGACCCUCAACCCCCAGCUGGAUAACGACGCCCUGUUCAGCUGCGAGGUCAAGCACCCGGCGCUCUCCAUGCCCAUGCAGACCGAGGUCACGUUAGGUAGGCUUGGUUUACUUCUUAUACCCAUGUUCUCCUAACAGUCUCUGCCUUCAGAGCAAGGGCGGUUCUAAUUCAAUGCCACCGAAUGUUGUUGCGGUUGUGCAGAUUGUUAACUGACGGGUCAAUUCCUGGCACCGCCUGCCGCCACAGUCAACACAAAAUGCACUUUAAAAAAAAAAUUUUACAACCUCAAUGUGAGAUAAAAACAUACGUCUUUGGCGGCUAACAAUGGUUGUGGUAUCAUUUCAUGUUGAACAUGCACGGUUACAAUGUUACACUCUUACAUUUCAUGAACGAAAAGGCAUAAUGGAACGCAGGUAAAUGGGGCUUCAUCUUUUUCGCCUCUUGCCGAGAUUUUGCUGAUAUCCCGCCCAUUAAAUACGCCUGGUGGUCAAGCUAGCUCUGUUCUCAAUUGGUACUCGGGGCCAUUUUU